CUGACGAAACAAGCUUAAGUCAUCUUUGCUAGAUCAGAGCUCAAGCAAACUUAAGCUGCCAAUAAAUCGACGUAUAUUGACCGCUCUGAGGAUUCUUUCAACUGUGCUGCGAGAGGAAACCCGUAGAAAUUUUGUGUCGUGACAUGGUGUACUCCUGCAUUCCGAGGGCACAGAGGGUGAUCUUAACAUCGUGUCGCCAUGGUGUCAAACUCUGAUGACAGCUGCUGGUUUAAACUUCAACGAUAAGUUUCCUCCAAAUACAAGCGUCUGUCAAGAACGAUGGGUGUUCUUCUGUCCAAAAAGAAAAACAAGGAGCGACAUGGCUUCCAGGUAACGGAAGAUGAAAACUCCGAAUCUCAGAGGAGUUCCGAAGACGAAAAGGAGCCGAAAAGUGACGAUGAUCAUUCCGAUAACGAGGAGAAGGACGAAAGUAAAUCUGACCAGGAAGAAAGCGCCAGUGAAGACAAUGAAGACAAAAAAAGCAGAAGCAGUUCUUCGGCAAGCAGCGAGAAAAGCAAAUCAUCUCAAGAAGAUGAAGGUGUUGAGGAGGAAAAAGACGAAGACAUCGAGGUAGAAGAAGGCAGUGUUAAAGAUGUCGUCUCGGCUCGGACUGAAGUGAACUUAAGUUACGAGGAAAAAGUAGAGAAAGCCCUGGUUGGUGAUAUGAAUUUUGAAUAUCCAGAGCAAGCGAAAAUCGUGAGGAUCUUUACCAGCUCCACGUUCACAGACACUUCAGUGGAGCGCAACACAUUGAUGGAGCGAGUGUACCCCCGACUCAAGUCCUACUGUCAGGGGAGAGGAUAUGACUUUCAAGUGGUGGACAUGAGAUGGGGAGUCCGUGACGAGUCCACUGAUGAUCACAUGACCACUGAGCUGUGCAUGAGAGAGCUACGCGCAUGUCAGAAGCUGUCCACUGGACCCAACUUCAUUACGUUUCUUGGACAAAAAUAUGGUUACCGUCCAUUUCCUACGAAAAUAGUUGCCUCUGAGUUUGAGAAGCUCCUUGGUGCGGUUGAAAAUCAGGACGAUGUUGCGCUACUGAAACACUGGUUUUGGCGAGACGACAACGCGGUUCCCGCCCAAUAUCUGUUGCAGCCAAUCACAUCGCUACUGCCCCACUAUCGCGACUAUGCGAACGAGGAGUUACGUAAGAAAGCGUCUGCCGAUUGGUGGACAGCGUUUGAGAGAAUGCAGGUUGUUUUGAGGGAAGCCGCUGACAAGGCUUUGGAUGAGAAGAGUGAACGGCAUAAAUAUCACAUGUCAGUUACCGAGGACGAAAUCCGAAGAGGCAUCAUAGACGCUUCACAUCCUUCAAGCCAUUGCUUCUGGUUUAAAAGAGUCAUCACAGAUCUCCACGACAAAAUUGAGAGUAAAAGCGCUGGAAAAUUCAUUGAUAAAACGUGGGGAGCCAAUUCAUCGAUAGAUGAAACUGCUCAGAAAUUACUUAACGUUCUUCGGGAGAACGAUCUUCCUCAGGCGUUAUCAAGCGCAAACAUUGUGAAUUAUGACAUCAAAUGGUCUGAAGAUGGCGUCGACCCAUCUACCUCAGAAGAACAUUUUCAGUAUAUAGAAAAACUUUGUAAAGAUUUCUAUGAUACCUUGACUCGGAUGAUCGAUAAGGGGAUUGAGGAGAAAGAAACAUCUGGUGUGAGAGAUGCGUUUGCAGAGGAAGUAUUUCAGCAUGGUUCGUUUUGUCAGAAAAAGUGCAAAUCAUUUCAUGGUCGUAAAGAGUUUUUGGAGGCUUCGAAAAACGUUCUAGCGAAUCAUGAAAAUCAAGCUGUAGUGCUCUAUGGAGAAUCAGGUUGUGGAAAGACGUCGAUUGUGGCGAAAAUUGUCUCCGAAGUUAAACAGUGGCUUGAAGACGACUCUGCUAUAGUGGUUUUACGUUUUAUUGGUACCACACCCGAAUCGUCUGGCAUCAGGCCCCUUCUAAGAAGCAUAUGCGUUCAGUUGUGUAGAGCGACCGAUCAGAAUACUACAGAUAUACCGGAGGACAUUAAAUCCCUGAAAGACUACUUUCAAGAAUGCCUGAAGAAUUCGGCUGAAAAUCACCCCGUUGUUCUGGUUUUGGAUUCAUUGGAUCAACUCUCCAUAGAUGACGGUGGCCGGCAAAUGGACUGGUACCCAAGACAGUUACCAAGCGACGUGUACGCCAUUCUUUCCACGUUACCAGGCGAGGAAUAUCAGGCCUUACCAAAUCUCAGAACAAUCCUUCCGAGUGAAUGUUUUUUGGAAGUACCAAAGAUUCCUCUUAAUGAAGCAGACGUCAUCCUUGACAAUUGGCUCAGAGCAGGUAAUCGAACAAUCCUACCAAAACAGAAAACCUAUGUCAUGGAAUCUUUUCAGAAGUGUCCCCUUCCAUUGUACCUUAAGCUGGCUUUUGACGAAGCCCUGCGAUGGAACUCGUACACUCCUUUCUCCGAGCUUUGCCUCGAGCCAUCUGUGCGGGAAAUCAUUGAUGACAUGUUCAGCCGGGUUGAAAGACGACACGGGAAAGUUUUGGUCAGUCAUGCGCUGGCCUACAUCACAGCAUCCAAGAACGGCUUGACAGAGACUGAAUUAGAAGACUUGCUCUCGUUAGACGAAGAAGUCCUUAAUGAUGUCUAUCAGUACUGGACACCUCCAGUGAGAAGACUUCCACCACUGCUGUGGAUUCGCAUUCGGUCUGACAUUGGUGACUAUCUUAUUGAACGAGGAGCUGACGGCACCCGGGUGGUAUUUUGGUAUCAUCGUCAGUUCAUCGAGGCUGCAAGGGAAAGAUACUUGGAAAGUGAUCAAGCUACUAAAAUUCACGCCAUUAUGAGCGAAUACUUCCUCGGGAGGUGGUCUGGCGGAAUCAAAAAGCCAUUUCUUAACAAAGAAGGCAAAGAGAUGUCCAUGGACAGAUUGGUCCCAAAGCAACCAUUGAUGUUCGACUCGAGUGAGGACAACGAGAUCUUUAAUCUUCGCAAGUUGAGUGAGCUUCCAUUUCACUUGUUUCAUUCUGGAAACCUGGAACAAAUGAAACAAGAGUGCCUUUGUAACUUCGAAUUUCUUUUGGCAAAACUGAGAGGAACCUCUCUACAAGUUCUUAUGAGUGAUUUUUCGUCUUUCCUUGACGCAAAACCGGAAGAUAAUGAUGUGGAUCUCCUUCACGAGUGCUUACAACUCUCUGCUCAUUCACUCUCCCAAAAUGGUAAUCAACUACCCACACAGUUGAUAGGCCGCAUGUACAACUUUUUAGAGAGACAGGAACAGUACCCUGAUGUGUACAAGGUCUUGAAGCAAGCGCUGAAUUCUUCGACAGCUUGUUUCCUUCCAAACAGAAAGUGUCUGACAGCGCCUGGUGGAGCACUGCGUUCUGCCAUCGGGUUAACGCAGCUUGGCAGCGAUGUCAUCAGCAUGGCUAAAGAUAACCGCACUAUUGCAGUGUCAAGCCAAACGUCGGAUGGCCUUGUUGUCAGAAUCAUUGAUUACGUUAGUAAUAAAGAAGUGAGAAAGUUUACUCUUCAACAACCGGUCGAAAUGUAUAGCACAAAUUUUAAUCAAAUAAGUCAGAAGAAUCCUGAUUUAUUGCUGCUCGCUGGAUCGCAUAAAAUCUUCCUGCUCAACACACUCUCUGGACAAAUAAAGCAAGAAUUUCAAGUUUCUGAUGACGAUUGGUUUUCUUACAACCCUUAUGCUCCAAUUUCAUUUGCUGAUGAUGAAAACUUGCUGGUUGCUAUCUGUCCUGAUUCACUGAGGGUAUGGCAGAUAGAAAAUGGUACACUUCUCCACACCCUACCCCUGAAAGGCGUCAACACAGAAGACGAAAUUGGUGCCAUAGAUGCUCGUGGAAGCUUUGCGGUCUACAACGUCCGGGGGACAAACACGGUGCACUUCAUCGAUUUGAAAAUUGGCCGAGAAGUGCGAAAGAUCACCAUCUCAUACCCUAAGAGUAAAGGUUCCAGCGAAAACGUCUUUAUCAAGGAAAUCAAAAUAACAUCCCUUGAUCAAGUGGCUGUGAUCCCAUCUUCAUUUGAUAGUUUGCGACUUUACGAUCUCUCAGCAAACCUGAUUCGUGAACUAACAAAUUUCAAGAUGCAAGAAGGUCUUCAUCGAAUGCAGAUUACCGAUGACGGCACGAAAGUCGUGACAGCUGAUAUGUAUGAAAUCUGUAUUCUGAACCUGGAAACAAACGAAAUGGAGAGAUGUCUCAGAAGUCCAAUUUUUCGGAUGCGAAUUUACACACGUGAUGGAAUCCACAUAUUGGCGGUGGGACAAGACAACAUCCUACGUGUCUACGAUAAAAGUCGAGAGGAAGAUGACGAAAACCAAAAGGAUACUGCUCUCAGCACAAUACAAGGCAACACGAUUGCUGACCAACUCACAGCCAUUUCGCCCAGUUUUGAUCAACGUCAUGUACUAACAUCAGCUGUUAUUCAACUUCGGAACGAGCUAGCUGUCUGGGAUGGGCUAACUGGUAAAAGAGUUCGCCGUCUAAUGAAUCUUACGGUGUUUCCGAAUCCCAUUCGCAUGUUCACCGCCACCCGCGCUGUCGGCUUCAUCUACGAUCAGGAAAUCCCACAUUACAAAGUGUUCAACUUUGCUGAGGGAAAAAUUGAGAGAAAUCUGGAUGGAAAAGCAUGUAAAAGGAUGAACGCGUUUGGAUUCAUUGAUCAAAGACGGAUGAUCUCGUUUUCUAGAGGAAGGCGAUUCGUCAAAGUAUGGGAUGUUGACAGUGGCAAAGUGCUGGAGGUGGUGAAGUUCAAAGAAAAGCAACGAUUCGAGGACUUGUUGAUCAGUAAUAACGGCAAAACGGCCGUGUGUUCACUAGCAAGCCAGAUGACUCAGCAUCGCGACAAAGAACUACGCUUGACUGUUAUUGACACAACCAGCUUCAGCAGCAAGAACCUUCUGUACAAAGGCGAACAGUUAAGUCUUUUUAACGCACGGAUAUCAGAUGAUGGAAACUAUCUGGUCAGUUUAGUGCAAUAUUCUCAGCCACUACUCUGGAACCUCCAAACUGGCCAGCUGAUACAAAAGCUGUUUGACCCGGACGCCUACGAAACGGCCAGCACCGUCGCAAUUUCGGGAGCAUCGAUGACAGCCAUAACUGGAACGGGUGACCAGAAGAUCAAAAUAUGGAGCAUCGAAAGUGGUGAGGUCUUGCGCUGCAUAGAUACUUCGCCUGUCCUCGAGCUUUUUAUUUCACCAGAUGGGGAAGUGAUCAUUUCCAAAUCUCAAGAAACAAAUGGCUUCGACGCCUGGGAGACGAAGACUGGGAAGAAACUUGCCUCGUUCACUACUGACGGUUUCCCAAAUCAUGCGAAAAGUUUUGGAGACAGGCUUGCAUUGGGACUUGGCGAAAACCCUAAUCUGAUGAUUCUCCAUUUGCAUCGUCCCGCACUGAAAAACAGAAUGGAAGAAGAGAACUUACAGUCUCCAUAUGACGGUCUACCCGUGGAAGCAACCGUGGAAAGUUUCCAAGAAAAACCUACGCGUGAUGACGGCAUUGAUGAUGAUAAGGAUAAUGAUAACAGUUCCAUAGCCUAGAAAACCGGUUCGGAUAAUCUGGGAUGACUUAUUAGGUAGUAAAACUGAAGGACUAAACUAUUUCUAGUAUGUUAAGUUCUUGCGUGUUGUUACUAGCUGGUGACGUUUUUCUUCACCACAGACGCUUUGAAACGUUUCAAAAGCAAAACAUGAUUGAUUGAUAUUACCAAAGC